AUGGCCAUCUUUGGGAAAUCAAAAAAGAGCAAGCAGAAGACAUCUCAACCUCAAAACCCCCUGGCGUAUCCUUCACGAACCGAUUUGCAUGCGCCUAAUAGGAAUAUACCGCAGCAGAGCUGGUCAGAUAACCAGAAUAAUGACCCUCAAUCUAAUGGCACCCCGCAAUUGCAAGCCUCAGCCAUUUGGCUAGCCCCGCAGAAUCAGCCAGUACCUAUUACUCAGAAUCUCCCUCCUCUGCUUCCUGAAAGGCCGCACAGGCCUGGAAAUACUAUCAGCAGACUCAACUUAUCGUCCAUGAGCAAUCUACUAGACCAAGGUGUACCUCAAUACGUCCCCGGCGCUAGAUACAUCAAUAAUGGCGGAUUAGCAGGGACACAGUAUCUCAAUCAAGGCGCAGCCUUGUGCGAUUUGAUCUCGUCGAAGUUCGAUACAGUUAUCACACUUAUCGAUGGAGAUAAGUUCAAUGGAGAUGAGGGGGAAUUUGUCGUUCAUCAAGCCGCGCAGCAGAUGUGGCCGCAGGCACAAGAGUCAGAUCGGUCCCUUAUGAGGAGCGGCAACCACUCCGUUUCAAAUGCUCUUAUAGGUGCGAAUUAUUUUGACAAGGUAAAUUUGUAUGCCAACUCGAGGCUGCCUCCAAAUUUACCUCCCAUGAAACUAUACAUGCCUACCUUCCCUCUGCUAUGCUUAGCAGCACAAUACUCCGAACGUGUUUACUCGAAGCCUGGUGGACAAGAGAAAGAAACCCAUGUCGAUUCCGAUUGGCGAACGGGUACAAAAGCCAUGGUCAUCAAGUCAGUCCCGAUGGAUGACAUGAACACCAUUGUCUUUGCAAUUAGAGGAACGCAAACUUUCAUGGACUGGGCCGUAAACUUCAACUCUGCCCCAACAGCCCCUGAAGGAUUACUCGACGACCCUGGAAACCUUUGCCAUGCAGGAUUUCUCACCGUAGCCAGGAAAAUGGUGAAGCCAGUAGCAGCUCGACUGCGACACUUACUCCAAGAAAACCCAAGCAGAGCAAAAUACUCACUCCUAAUCACAGGGCACUCAGCCGGUGGCGCUGUUGCUUCCCUCUUAUACUGCCACAUGCUGUCCACCACUCCGGAAACAGAAUCCGAACUCAACAUCCUCACCGGCUGCUUCAAGCGCAUCCACUGUGUUUCUUUUGGCGCACCCCCAAUCUCUCUCCUCCCGCUCACAAAACCGCAGACCCCACUACAGAAAAAAUCCAUCUUCAUGUCGUUCGUCAAUGAAGGGGACCCAGUUGCCCGCGCUGACAAAGCAUAUGUACGCUCCCUGCUGGACCUCUACUCCUCACCUUCACCAGGACAAGCGUGCCUUGCGGGGCUUGCACCGCAGAAACUGCUCACCGGCGCGAGAUCCUCGUCGUCGCUCGCCAUCGACAAGAUGAAGAUGAGGCCGAAGCCCAAGAAGUCAAACACCGCUCCUGCGCAUAGUGUGCAGCCGGUUUGGAAUGUUCCCGAGGCUACACUGAGUAAUGCGGGCCGGCUUGUGUUGCUGAGGAGUGCGGGACCGCUUAGGGGUAGCGGGGGCAAAAGGGAGCGGAUGAAUGAAGGUGUUGUGGCACAGAUGGUUAGUGAUGAUUUGCUAAGGGGUGUAAUCUUUGGGGAUCCAAUGUGUCACGAGAUGAAGUUAUAUGCUCGGCGAGUUGAGAUUCUUGCUACGAAUGCUGUUAUGGGACGCUCUUAA